AUGUCGACUUCCACUUCUCCCCCGCAGCAGCUCAAGGAUGAGAUCCAGGUCGCUGAGACCAAGGCCGUCAACCAGACCAUUGCCCAGCUGCGCUCGCUCGCUGCUGGUGCAGCUGGUGGUCUCUGUGCUGUAAUUGUCGGACACCCCUUUGAUCUGGUCAAGGUGCGCUUGCAGACCGCGGAGAAGGGUGUCUACUCGGGUGCUAUGGAUGUGGUCAAACGGACGGUUGCCCGUGAGGGUUUGGCUAGGGGCUUGUAUGCCGGUGUCUCUGCGCCCCUCGUCGGUGUCACUCCCAUGUUCGCUGUCAGCUUCUGGGGAUACGAUUACUCUAUUGCACAGAUCUCCGCAGCCGGGUUCUUCUCGGCUAUUCCCAUGACGCUGAUCACCGCACCCUUUGAGCGUGUCAAGGUCCUUCUCCAGAUUCAGGGCCAGAACCCUCCUCCCCCCGGCCAGAAGCCCAAGUACUCCGGUGGUACUGAUGUUGUGCGCCAGCUGUACAAGGAGGGCGGCAUCCGCAGUGUGUUCCGCGGCAGCGCCAUGACGCUGGCUCGUGAUGGCCCUGGUUCCGCUGCGUACUUUGCCGCUUACGAGUACAUCAAGCGCUCGUUGACCCCCAAGGAUGAGAAUGGAAACGUCACCGGCGAGCUUUCUCUGUCCGCUGUUCUUUGCGCUGGUGGUGGUGCUGGUAUUGCCAUGUGGAUUCCCGUCUUCCCCGUUGACACGAUCAAGUCUCGCCUGCAGAGCGCACCGGGGAAGCCCACUAUCGGGGGUACCAUUCGGUCCGUCUACGCCAGCGGUGGUUACAAGGCAUUCUUCCCUGGCUUUGGUCCGGCUCUCGCUCGUGCCGUGCCCGCCAACGCCGCCACUUUCCUUGGUGUUGAGCUGGCCCACAAGUUUAUGAAGAACCUCUUUGACUAA